AUGUCAGAAUUAACAACAACCGAAGGGAGAAAGUCCGCCCAGGUACAUGAAAGCAGCUUUGUUGCCUUUGAUCACGCUGCAGCUGGGCAUGAUGGUGUGCUCUGCCACGAAGAUGGUUCUCUGAUAGCAAAGCCCUGUACACCCCAGGAAAUCGAAUUUUACGAGUCUAGUGCCAGGCAUCCCGAAUUCCGAAAAUAUAUGCCGAUAUUCAUGGGUACACUGGCGGUAUUUUCUGAAGAGCCAAGUAAACCUGCCACUUUGCGGCCCCCUGAGGUAUCUGCCGCGCUACCCUCCUCAUCUGGUGCGGACACGCCCUUGACUCCAGAACUAUCUACCCAUCCAGAUCUUGUUUCUAUUGCCAAGGCUUCCCAAAAUAAACCAGAAUGGGUUCCCUCUGGUGGUAGGAGAAUAGAAACUGGCUGUUCCAUCGUUUUGGAAAACGUGGCCGGUGGGUUUCAGAAGCCAAGCGUGCUGGAUGUGAAGCUGGGCGCAAGGCUUUGGGACGAUGAUGCACCGCUUAGCAAACGGGAAAGACUCGAUGAGGUAUCAAGAUACACAACCAGCUCUGGCCUAGGAUUUCGCAUUGCUGGUAUGAAGACUUGGAUUGGUGAAGCUGCUACUCCCUUCUCUGGCGAGCGCCUUGUUCCAACUGAGAAACAUAUCCCAGGCGAUGCGAAUGAGGAAGUACGGCGUAGCAUGAAAAUAGUCGAAGAAGAGGGUUACCGACGCUAUGACAAAUAUUAUGGCAGGGCUUUCAAUGAACACAACGUUAAAACGGCAAUUAGAAGCUUUCUUGAUAGUGCAAACAUUGGAACGACCGAUCGGUCCAAACUUAUUGCACAACGUAUCGCAGCACGACUGCGGGCAAUGCAGUCUAUGCUUGAAAAGGAAGAAAGCCGAAUGUACUCUGCUAGCAUUCUCAUUGUCUAUGAAGGGGAGCCGGAAGCCCUUGAACGAGCACUAGGCGAGGAAGAAGAGGAGAAACAAAAAAGGUAUUAUCAAGCAGGAUCAACCCCAGAAGUCGACUUUACUGACUUAGUGUUAAUGAGACCUUCGCAAGCUAGCUGUCAGAAUGCGAUUACAUCUGAUGGUAAUCUGAAUGACGAGGAAGUGGCAGAGGUACGCAAAGUGCUUGAUAUACGAUUAAUAGAUUUUGCACACGCUCGGUGGACGCCAGGGCAAGGCCCAGAUGAGAAUGUACUUCAGGGAGUUCGGAGUUUGGUCAGCAUUAUGGAGGCGCUGGCGAAUGGUUAA